AAGCCUUUAUUCUAUGAAGUUAGCAAAAUUUCUGAAAACUAUUUCUUGGUAAACAUUUUCAAACUUAGCAGUUUUAAUCAAAUAUUUAAUGAAAUGAAAAACUUUAUUUUUUAUAUCUGAUCACAUAAGCAGCAAGUCUCCCCAAUUUCUCAAGCACUUUAAAUAAUUUUGCCAGAUAUCACUGAUCAACUUUUAAUGACUCAGCCUAAGUAAUAAAAAAUCAAGUAUGAAACCAAAUUAUUGUACUUUGUACAUUUGAUUAGAAAUCACAUAAAUUGAACCAUACUAAAUUGCUGAUAUUCAACGGUUUUUGACCUCCAAAAAUGGCAAUUUUUAUAUGGCUCACACUAAAUAUUUUUAGCAUUAAAUAAUGUGUUUUAAGAAAUAUUACAAUAGGGCUUCUAAAUCCUCCCAAUUCUCUCUUUUACUCUUAUCAUCUCCUGUCUGUUAGGGGUGUGGCAGGUAUUUUUGGAAAAUUUCACAAUCUUAUAUCUUUCCUACAUAACACAGGCAACUUGUAGUUUUAAAAGAGUAUAAAUUAGUAGUUUUGUUUUGGUAACUAUCCUAAGGGGCUAGUAAGAAUAAUCGAACCUUUUAUUGAGAGAAUAUACUGUAAGUUCCUUAAUGUUCCCCAAUUGUUUAGGUCAGUGGUUCACAACCUUUAAAGUUCAUGACAACCAACAGAGAACUUGUUUCUGGGCCCUAUCCCCAGAGAUUCUGAUUCAGUUUAGGUCGGGGUGGGACCCAUGAAUUUGACUUCCUAACACGUUCACAAAUUAUGCUGAUGCUGUGGGUACUAAAACCACUUUUAAGAACCACUGACCUGGGUAUAGAAGAAACUAUUUGUAACCAGGCUUUUUCUUCUUUUGGUCCUUAGGUAAAUAAAACUCAAGUUGAUGAGGUAUGAUUUUACCUUAAAUCAAAACCAUUUUUGGUAAAGUACUACCUUAGCUCUAUUGUAAAGUAAGUGUAAAUUAGAUUUGCUUUGACUUAGUUGCUACAGACCACAAUUACAGGACAACUAACUGAGGAAUUUAUUCACUUGUCCCUUCUUUCGAACCUCACUGUGCUCUGGCUUGCGAGGAGGUGCAAGGGUCGUCCCCGCUUUGCACUUCGCGCUCCAGGCCUGGGUCACUUCACUUGAGUUAUCAGAGGCAACGCGUCUAGUCUGACAAACUGCCGGAGGCUCCUGAUAGAGAAGGGCGUGGGCGCCAGUCUAGGAGACAAAGCUGCGGUGAGCCAACCCAACCCCAUCCGCGAGUCUUCUUUCCAGGGACAUUUUCGGAGCCGAAGGCGCCUCUGCAAGAGCGCUGCGCACAGGUUUCGACUCGCCGGAGAUCGCGCGACGAAUCUGCGCCUCGAACCCUCGCUUUCCAGCAGUCGCCGGAUUGCUGCUCCACAGGGAGCCAACGCGCCCGAGGACCAGCCCAGCCCGGGCUCUCUGAAUCAGUAGGCAGUGCAGGCUGCGAGCUCGUCCACGCAUCUCAGCCCACUCCCUUGUCCUCCCCGCUGGCGAAGAUGUCCGCCAAGCCUGAAGUCGGCUUAGUGCGCGAGGCUUCUCGGCAGAUCGUGGCCGGUGGUUCUGCAGGUCUUGUAGAAAUUUGCCUGAUGCACCCCCUAGAUGUGGUGAAAACCAGGUUUCAGAUUCAGAGAUGUGCAACCGAUCCAAAUAGUUAUAAAAGCUUGGUAGACAGCUUUCGAAUGAUUUUCCAAACGGAAAGGUUAUUUGGUUUUUACAAGGGAAUUCUGCCACCUAUCUUGGCUGAAACCCCAAAAAGAGCAGUGAAGUUUUUCACCUUUGAGCAGUACAAGAAAUUGCUGGGAUAUGUGUCACUGUCACCAGCAUUGACAUUCACCAUUGCUGGAUUGGGAUCUGGACUAACAGAAGCCAUUGUAGUUAACCCUUUUGAGGUAGUAAAAGUUGGCUUGCAAGCAAAUCGGAACACAUUUGCAAAGCAACCAUCCACUGUGGGUUAUGCAAGACAAAUCAUUAAGAAGGAAGGCUGGGGACUCCAAGGCCUCAACAAAGGAUUAACUGCAACUUUGGGACGACAUGGAGUUUUCAACAUGGUUUAUUUUGGCUUCUACUACAAUGUCAAAAACAUGAUUCCUGUCAAUAAGGAUCCAACCUUGGAGUUUUUGAGAAAAUUUGGGAUUGGUCUUCUCUCGGGGACAAUAGCCUCAGUCAUUAACAUCCCUUUUGAUGUUGCCAAAAGUAGGAUUCAAGGGCCUCAACCAGUUCCUGGAGAGAUCAAGUACAGAACCUGUUUCAAAACAAUGGCAACAGUCUACCAGGAAGAAGGGAUUUUAGCUUUGUACAAAGGCCUGCUUCCCAAGAUUAUGAGACUUGGACCAGGUGGUGCAGUGAUGCUGCUGGUUUAUGAAUACACCUAUUCAUGGCUUCAGGAGAACUGGUGAUUGUCUAGGAAGUGUUUUUCCCCCUUGAGAUAAUGGAUAUUUGCUAUGCAGCACCAUGAAGAAGAGAGACUAUCGAUCGGCCAGGUGUAUAAUUAUGAAGGAGAAAACUGUUCAAGAACAAAAUCUAUUUUAAUACUUUAAAAAAUGUCUAUAGGCAACUUGAGAUUAUAGUUUUGGCUGUAUAAAUAAAACUGUGAGAAGAAAAAAUAAUAUGAAACAAUGAGGUAUUUAAAGUGAAUAUAGAAAAAUAGCAUAGAAAUCAUAUAUUUCAUAAAAUAAAUAGAAACUUUGUCUCCCAUGUUCCUCUUCAGUGCUUCACAAUGAAAAUUCAUUGUAUUGAUCAGUAUUUUUCCUAAGAGGUUUAGAAAUGCUUAAACUCUUGAAAAUAAAUCAAAUUAUUCAAAGUUAAAAAAAGUUAAGCCAAAAUUUAAGCAGUUUUUAUAAUGAAUUAAAUUAUUCCAUAAAUAAUAUUUAAAGAGCACAAGAAAAAUUUUUUAAAGUGCACUAAAAUGACCUUUUAAGAAUGUUUAAUUUUAUGAAUACUAUGUUAAAAUGUAAAUCUGUUGGUUUUCUUUAGUAACUAUGAACAUAUCAGAUCUAUUUUCCUACAUCUACUUUAUAUCUCAUAUUUGCUGUAAGAUAAUAAAUAGGUAUUUUAAAACAUUGUUUAAAACAGAAUGUUAAAACACUGUUGUUUAAGCAUGUUUAAAUCAUGAUAUCCCAAAUCUCUUCUAACAAGUAGGAAACAUGAAAUAAAAUUUACUUUCCUCCACAUAGUUCUCUUUGAAGACAAGUUUUGUUGAUGAGAUAUUUUCAUGUUAAAUCACAAAUUGGAAACACCUUUGGACCCAUUUGUCAGCCAUCAGUAUUUGCAUCCAAAUACCUUUGUUCAGCAUGCCUACCUGUGCCAUUUUUAGGAAGAAUGUAUAGAACAGAACUGCAUUUUCAGGUUAUUAGUUUUAAACGACAACUUCAGGUGGGAAGUCAGCUGUCUGCAGUAUUAAAAUAUGUAUGAUGAAGAGGAAAUGUUCCGAAAAAGAAAUACACUUAGCAUUUCUAAGGAUUACUAUACUAACAUGUAUCAACAAAAAUAUCUCCUUGGUCUUGAUGUAACCAAACUUGAUUUUAUAUCUGCAUCCAGAGAUGAUGCUGAUUCAGUAAAGUCAACAAGAAUAACUGAAAGUCCAUAUGACACCUGUCCUAAGUUACUACUGUGGGCUAUUUCUACUAUGGGGCUAUUUCACUAAAGCAUUUUGAAAAUAAAAAGUAAAAGAUAACAUGGUAAUUAUUACUUUUUAUUAAUUUAGAGCAUUUGAAGUAUAAAAAUAAAAGGCUUUUGACAUACUGUAUAUACAUACAUAGCCUUCUGUUGUACAUCCUUUCCAACGUGUUUUUUAAAAUUUAUAUUUCAGUCCAAUAUUCAAUAAAAGGGUCAUUAAAAACAAAACAAAAUUGUUAAAAAAGAAAUAAGAAUGUGUCUCUGUUGCACAACUGCAUUCUAUCCUUGCAGGUAAUAUUCUUACAUCCAACGAGAGCACUGCCUGCCCAGAGGCCAUGAAAUUGAACCUUUAACAUCUCCAUGUGGAUCAGAUAGAAAAGGAUUUCUGAAGAGUGCAUUUGCCAGUUUAAAAGCAACACUUUUACCAUCUAUGAGAUAGAGGAAAUAUGUCAACAUUAACCAAUAAUAAUAAUCUUUAAAAGUUAACCCUUUAAUCCAUCCUAUUUUCCUUCUUGUAUUUUAAAAAGUGGCUUUAAAUCAUAAUUUUCUUUGAAUAGCAAAUUUUAUCUGUUAUCUUUUAAAAUUACUCCAUGUGAAUUCACUGUUAAGACCUAGAGGGAGAAAAGGAAACUUUGAUACCAUUAAUAUUAGAUUUUUUAAAAUACAAGAACCAGAAAAAAAUUAUAAAUAGCACAAAAACAAGAGAUUUCUUAAUUUAGAUAAAGAAAAUAACAUUAUUUGCAUUUCCACACAAGCAAGUAAUAUUUUUUAAAGCCCCCUAACAGCCACCUAAAAACAUUUGAUAAAGAAUAGUUCUGUACCUUACAUCAGUUUUUCAGAUGACAGGAGAGUCCCUGUAUGGUAUGGUUUUAAAGUCUCCACCAAAAUAGUGGAUUGGAUCUUUGUUCCAUUCAGUUUAUAGUCUAUUUUCUCACCAGACUGGGAACUCCAGAUGUCAAUGGGAGUUUUACAAGAUCAAAGGAAGACUAUGGCCCUGAGAGUUCAUCUGCUCCUUCUGCUUAUUCUUCUCCUGAAGUUAUAAUCCUCUAUUUGUAGCACUGAAUUUCGGUUGCUUUAGAAAUAAAUGCAGUUCAAAGCUCUCUAUAAAAUAUCUGCUGUCUGAAAAAAGCAGUUACUCUAACAUAAUUCGUGUGUCAGAAAUCUGCUUACUGUUUACAUCCUAGUGAUUUGAAAACCGAACUAAUCUAGCCAUCUGAGUUUUAAAUGAAGCCAUGAAACCGAUGUGGUGGAACUGCAUUGCCAUGUAGACUGUGCACAGCACAGACGGGAAGAAAUUAAAAUCACCUAGGGAAUCCAUCUUCAACAUCCAUAUCCAGUGAGGUGCUCUUUUAGUUAUUGCACAGAUUUAGUACCAAAAAACCCUCAAUAUAUUAAUUUUCCAAUAGCUGAAUUGUACCAAUGUCCUAAAAACAUAUUUUUAAGCCUAUAUUGCCAAACAGGAAGAACUUCCUAAACAGAAGGGAUUAAAAACUGUAGAAUUU